UGAAAUACUUAUACAACUAUUUGUCCUUUCACUAAUGUUUUUAAGAAAUACUGACAAUAAAUUGACAUUUAAAAAAAGAAAUGGAACAGUUGGACAAUAAAUUAUUUACUCCACUCCGCAAUAACAGACUGCCUUGUUUAAGUUAGCGAUAAUGAGAUUGCAUUUCGCAUUGCUGAUACCUAUCUACCUACGCGGAUAGUCAAAUGAUUAGUUAAAGCCCAAACGGCUGUACACAUUUUGUUACUUAUAAUUCACACAUUUGGUUAGAAAGUGUCUGUUACAUUUUCUUCGAAGUUGAUACUGCGAGAUAUUUUUUCCCGCAAACUUGAUACUGUGAGAUAUUUGAUGUCGUAAAUUUUUGGAUAGUUGUUUUUUAAUCUGUGUUCAAGUACGCCACUGUUGAAAGGGACUAGAAAUAAAAUAUCGACUUCAGCCAUCACUUUAUCAAUAGAAUUUGAUACAAUAAAUAAAGAAACUGGUCAUUUUGAUAAAUUUUAUCGCUUUAUUGUGACUGAUUCAUUUACUAGUAACUUAUUCAGUUCCUUUAUUUGAGUGUACAGUCAUGAUUCGUCUAGGGAAAACGUUAGCGAUUUUGAAAAAUCAUAAAAGUUUUCCCGCGAAAAGAAAAGUUUCGAUGUACAUCAAAGAAGAAAUCAGGGAUGCUCUGAAACAAAAAAAAGCUGUAGUUGCCCUCGAGUCCACCAUCAUUACGCAUGGAAUGCCCUUUCCCGAAAACGUUAAUUGCGCCCUACAAGUUGAACAAAUAGUCAGACAACAGGGCGCAGUUCCCGCUACCAUUGCCAUUGUAAAGGGUAGAAUAAAAAUAGGCCUGUCUCCGGAAGAAAUUGUUACAUUGGGAGAUACGAAGUCCAGCGAUCCAGUAAAAAUCUCAAGAAGGGAUCUGUCUUACGCUAUUAGUAAUAAGAGAAAUGGAGGUACCACCGUCUCCGCUACAAUUAUUGCAGCCACCAAAGCUGGAAUACCUAUUUUCGCUACUGGAGGAAUCGGAGGUGUCCAUAGAGGCGCUGAAUCCACAUUCGAUAUAUCAGCAGAUUUAAUCGAACUGGGAAGAAGCAAAAUCGCUGUCAUUUCUAGUGGUGUUAAAUCUAUUCUUGAUAUUUCAAAAACAUUGGAGUAUUUGGAAACUCAGGGAGUUUUUGUAGCUACUUUUGGAAAAACAAAUGACUUCCCAGCAUUCUACUCAACAAAAAGUGGAUUCAACGUUCCAUACUGUAUACAAAGGGCAGAAGAGGCAGCUGCAGUCAUAAAGUGUCACAACGAACUGAACUUGCAGUCUGGUAUGCUGUUCGCUGUACCUAUACCUGAGGAAUAUGCCUUUGAUCCUGAGAUUAUUGAAGGUUUCAUUGAAAAAGCCUUGAAGGAAGCAAAUUGUGAUGAUGUAAGAGGCAAAAAUAUCACUCCUUAUUUACUGAGUCAAAUCGCCAAAUUGACGGGGGGCAAGUCGCUCGAGAGCAAUGUGGCUCUGAUAAAGAAUAAUGCCAGAGUGGCUGCAGAUAUUGCUGUGGCACUGGCAGCGUUAGAAGAUGGAGCACAAACAGGAAAUGACGCUUCGCAGUUCAACUUGGAAGGAAGGCCGGUAAUUUUAUUUACUUAUGUUUUCAACUAGGUAUUUAUGUUAGAACUUGAAUAAUUCAAAAUCAUUUCAAAGGUAAUGUGACAGU